AGCCUCGUCCUUCGCUAGUUAGUAAGGAGUCCACGAGACGCAAGGUCACUCUUCUGUUUGGACAUGCCGGCAGCGUGCAGGUAAACUCUUCAUGGGACUCUCGCCCAUUCCAAAAGUCGACCUCGAAGCACCGUUCGUACAUGCGUGACCGCUCACGCGAAUCAUCGGACUCAUGACCAACUAUGGAUCUGUUGGAGGCAGAUCCGUCUUCUCAGUUGCAGAAUAAAAUCCGACACCGAGUGAUCUCGUGUGCUCUCUCGUGCCAGAGAUCAGAGUGCAAAGGUCUGUACGUUCGCGUCCGAGGGUGUCCACGAGGAGCACUCACACAAUCCUUCCAAAACUUGCUCAUCUUUGGACUCCGUGUGAGCGAGGGCGAAGCCUGAGAGCGGUCGGACAUUUUGAGCCUGAGCAUUUUCAGACAGUUCUCGACGAGGAUGGUAAAGGUUGAACCGUCUUCUGAGUGUCUUCUGCGGAGCUUCAUCACCUGACGAGUUAAGUGUACGAGUUUGAGAACUGAAUAGUUUACUGGGCCUUCUGGCCGAGUGACGAAUAAGAACUGAAUUCGAUGGAUUCCGAUUCAGACUGCAUACUUGUGCACACGCGUUUGGCAAGAAGUCGUGAGGUGUGCACGAGAGCCAUGCAGCAACCUUUGAUUGCCUUUCCUCACAAGAGUACUCAUGGGCUACAACAUACAGACACGACCGUAGUCUCGUAUGACCGCCGCUAGCGUUUGAGUCUGCUAUCCAUCUCCAUCAUCUGCCAAUGAUGGACAGUACAAGCGAGGCCAGGGAAAAACCAAAGCUUCCUCCCAUAGAACCAUGCAGCGGUUGCUUACCAUCCAGGGCCUCCCUAACAGAAUCCAGAUCCGGGGAUUAUACAGCUCGAAGGUCAUGGGCAGAGUCGAGGCAUGGGUGAACACGAGUUCCCAACGAGAGGCAACGGUGAUGUUCUAACCUCAAGCUCUGGAAAAGGAUUGUGGUGCUUGAGGUUAGUCACGGAUGGCAGAUGGAUGGCGGCGAGCAUGUACAUUAAGUAUCGAAUACUCCAAUUUGCGAUUCGUAGAUGGACACACAGGCAGACACUCGAAGCAUAUAUAUAGAUAGAGUGUCUGUCUUUCGUCAUCUCAGCUCACCUCAGCUGCAUUGGGCCAAACAUUGCAGACUACGAGAAGCAUUCAUAAAAAGGUCCGAGCCCGGACGGAAUUGGAAGGACGGACGGGCCGAGCGAGCGAGCCAACUGAGGACUUCACAAGGACUCAGCCAUGACAGUGACCUGUACUCUUCUUCCUUCUUACUGGCUUUACAGAAUUCUGUCGUCUCUGGGCUUUGGGCAGUGAAACUUGGUCAGCUCUCUCUCUCUCUCUCUCUCUCUCUCUCUUCCCCCUUCCUCAUCCGACGAGGCAUGACGAGGGUAUUGUACUAUGAGAGACUGUGAUCUUUACGAGAUCCUCGAGGUUAGCGAAUGUGAGCGGUGGUGACAGCGGUGGCAUCACAGUGAGCUGCGGCUGCGAUGUGACUUAGAUUCCCUCGCUACGGUGCUAGUCCAUGACACCGUCUAGUACUUGAGAGCAUGCGUUUUCGUCGCAGCCAAGAGCCUGAGAGUUCGCAACACGUAGAGUCGGACAUAGGUGUGCACGAACGAGCUUAAUCUUGGGAUCGAUCGUUCGGAGAUUCAGAGUGUCGACACCGGCACUGCUGAUCCCUUUGUACUACCUGUUGUUUCCAUGUACACGAGAACAACAACCACAACCAAAACCGACAGCGA